AUGGUCAACACCAACUGCACUGAUUACAAAGAAGUUUACAAGUUGGGCAAAGAUAUCAAAACUGAUAUCAACAAACGGUAUCGGCUGCUUGAGAUUGACAUUGACGGAAUCUACAAAUCCAUGCUACUCCUCAAGAAGAAAAAAUAUGCAGCUAUUAAAAUCACAAAAGAUGCUGAUGGCAAAAUUAUAGAAGAACAAGAGCUUAAAGGGCUUGAUAUUGUGAGGCGAGACUGGUGUGACUUGGCCAAGAAUGCUGGAAAUUUUGUUGUUCAGCAAAUCUUAUCUGGCCAGAACCGUGAAAGCGUUUUGGAAAAUAUUCACCUGAAAUUAUCUGAAGUUGGAGAAAAAGUCUGCAAGAAUGAAUUACCAGUUGAUUUAUACCUCAUAACUAAGCAAUUGACAAAAGAUCCCGAGGAUUAUCCAAAUAAAAAAAGCUUACCUCAUGUCCAAGUUGCUAUGAGAAUAAACAGCAAAGGUGGAAAGAAGAUGAAGGCUGGAGAUACUGUACCUUAUUUGAUUUGUAAGGAUGGUUCAAACCUGGGACAUUCUCAAAGGGCUUACCAUCCGGAUGAGUUGGCAAAGAAUGGUGAUCUGUCCAUAGAUAGUCAUUAUUAUCUCGCUCAACAAAUCCAUCCUGUCGUUAUGAGACUGUGUGACCCAAUUGAAGGCACUGAUGCAGCCAUAUUAGCAGAAUGUUUAGGUCUUGAUCCAACCAGUUACCGACGUAGUCUUCAACAAAAUGAAGAUGAUGGUGAUGAUGCUCUGUUGGGUUUCAAGCUGAACAGUGAGGAACGUUUCAAAGAUUGCGAGAAAUUCAAGGUGAAAUGUCCGUCCCCAAGCUGUGGAACAGAUAUUGUCUUUGACUGUUCUAAUGAUUGGUCCUUGGAUCGCUGUGCAAACCAAUCAUGUUCAUUGGCACCUAAAACCUACAUCGAUAAAAUCCUUAACCAACUAGUUAUUACCAUGAGGAAACACAUCAAACAAUACUAUCAGGGCUGGAUGCAAUGUGAUGAUCCCAUAUGUGCCACUGAAGUUCGCAAAAAUUUCCUCAUCUUUUCAUCAAAUGGUCCCCUUUAUUUCUUUCAUAUUUUUUUCAUCCUCUUUCUCUUCAUUUCUGAUUCCCAUUUGUCUUUACCUUUUUCUAAUCCACUCUUUCCUCUCUUCUGCUUUUUGUUUUAUCCUUUUUUUCCCCACUCCUAUCCAUUUUUCACUCUGUAUUUAAACAUGCUUUUUCCCUCUCUUCCAAUCUAUUUCUUCAAAUAUUUGGUGUCAACACUGUCUCCUCAAUUGGUCUCUUUCUCUUUCCUUCUAAAUUGGUCUCUUUCCCAUUCUUCUGAAUUGAUCACACUCUUGCUUUCUCUCUUCUCAAUUGGUCACACUCUCUCUCUCCUCUCUCUCUCCUUCCUCCCCUCCCUCUCCCCUUCCUCUCUCUCCUUCCUCCCCCUUCCUUCUCCCCUUCCUCCCCCCUUCCUCUCUCUCUCCCUCCCCUUGCCUCUCCCUUCUCUCUCCCCUUCCUCUCUCUCCCUCUCUCUCCUCUCCUUCCCUAUCUCUCCCUUCCUCUCCUUUCCUCUCUCCUUCCUCUCUCCUAUCUCCUUCCUCUCCUUCCUCUCUCCUGGAUCUCCUUUUUCUCUCCUUCCUCUCCCACGAGUCCUCUUUUAA